AACAACUCUGUGCUUCCAGCUAGCUUGUUGUGCGUUGUAAACACAUGAAUGGCUCCGUUGUCAUUGACGUUAAAAGACAGCUCCGGGAUUAAUUUGUUAAAGAAACUGCUUCACCGUCUCACAUUUUUAAACUCAACAUUGUAUUUACGAACUGUACAGUGAAUAGAACAGCCUGACACGACCUGUCACAAAUGGCAUGGAGUUAUUCGUGACCAUUCUGGGAUAUUCUGCGUUUUUUGCUGUUAGUGGACUUGGGAUUGCUGCCUACAAACUUGGCUUGCUGUACCAGUGGUUCCACAAGACAGAGACACACAGCCCUCGACAUGGCGGCGAACGCGUGGCUGAGGUCCUGCGCGCCCAUGGGAUCAAGUAUGUCUUCACUCUUGUCGGUGGACACAUCUCGCCCAUCUUGGUGGCCUGCGAGAAAGUAGGCAUCCGGAUCGUUGACACCAGGCACGAGGCCACGGCUGUGUUUGCUGCCGAUGCUGUGGCGAGGCUUUCAGGUACUGUCGGUGUAGCUGCAGUGACUGCUGGCCCAGGCCUCACUAACACCGUGACUGCGGUAAAGAACGCUCAAAUGGCAGAAUCGCCAUUGUUGCUCAUCGGAGGGGCUGCUGGUACACUCCUUCAGGGCAGGGGAGCGCUGCAAGACAUUGACCAAAUGUCGCUGUUCAAACCUCUGUGUAAGUUCUGUGCCUCCGUCAGAACAGUCAGAGACAUAGUGCCUGUGGUCAGAAAGGCUCUGGCCGCCGCUCAGUCUGGAACACCUGGGCCAGUUUUCAUAGAAUUCCCCAUCGACACGCUGUACCCCUUCCAUCUGGUGUCCAGAGAGUUUGCUGUUAAGAACCCUCCCAAGGGCAUGAUGGGCAAAAUUGUCUCCUGGUACAUCAACAAUCACCUUAUGAAUAUUUUUGCCGGCGCCUGGGAGCAAAGUGAUGUUUCACCACUUCCUGUUGACAUCCCACAAGCCACCAGCAAGGAGGUACAAAAUUGUAUAGAGCUGCUUAGCCGAGCUGAAAAACCUGUUUUCCUACUGGGUAGCCAAGCCACUCUACCCCCGACGCCAGUGGAUGACAUCAGGAGGGCUUUGGAGGAGCUGGGCAUCCCUUGCUUCCUUGGCGGCAUGUCUCGGGGUAUGCUGGGUAAAGAUAGUCCGAUCCACAUUAGACAAAACAGGCGUGAUGCUCUGAAGGAAGCGGAUUUGGUCAUCCUUGCAGGGACCGUGUGCGACUUCCGUUUGAGCUACGGCAGAGUUCUGAGCAGACGCAGCAAGAUCAUCGCCGUCAACCGAGACAAGACGCAGCUGCUCAAAAACUCUGAUAUGUUCUGGAAACCAACAAUAGCCAUUCAAGGUGAUGCUGGCUCAUUUUUAGUACAACUGUCCAAAGGAUUGAAGGGCCAUCGCUGUCCAGUAGAAUGGUCUGAAAGCCUCAAAGCAGGAGAUAGCGUCAAAGAAAACACAAACAGGACUAAAGCCGCUGAGAAGACGGAGCAUCACCUGAACCCCUUGAAAGUUCUCCACCUUCUGGAUGAGCUGAUGGCGGACGACAGUAUCAUUGUCGCAGACGGGGGUGAUUUUGUAGGAAGCGCGGCUUACAUCAUGAGACCACGAGGGCCGCUACGUUGGCUCGAUCCAGGGGCCUUCGGAACGCUGGGAGUGGGAGGCGGAUUUGCGCUCGGGGCAAAACUGUGCCGGCCUGAGUCUGAGGUCUGGAUUAUCUACGGGGACGGCUCCUUAGGGUACAGUGUUGCAGAGUUUGACACCUUCACUCGACACAAGACACCUGUUAUUGCCGUGGUGGGAAAUGACGCGUGCUGGAGUCAGAUUUCCAGAGAGCAAGUUCCCAUCCUGGGCAGCAACGUGGCGUGUGGCCUUGCAUUCACAGAUUAUCACAUCGUGGCAGACGGUUACGGCGGUAAGGGCUACCUUAUAAGGCGUGAGGAUGAGCAGCAGCUCAGCGAAAUCAUCAGGAAGGCUCAGAAGCAGAGCCGGGAGGGCAAAGCAACACUCCUCAAUGUCCUGAUAGGCAAGACCAACUUCAGAGAGGGCUCCAUCUCUGUAUAGUGCUGCAUGAGACAUGUGACCAAAAUGCCUUUUCUUCCUAAUGAACAAAGAGCCUUUAUUAUGAUUUUGAUGAUUGUUUUCUUCAUUGAGUGAAGGUUUAUUGGUAUUAGUAAAAAUAUUUCUUAUGAUCAAAAUAAAGGUGGUAUGCGGUUAGGCAAAUAUCUGCACUUGUAUGGACAUGCAGUGUUUAUAAUAACAAUUGCAGUUUCAAUUAUUACAUUUACGUAACCUAUUGCACUACACAUGUUAAUGAUUCGCUGUUUCGGACAGGAUGUGAUCAUGAUUGUCUAAGGGAUUUUUUUUUUUUUGUCAAGUGUACGAUAUUAUAGACCGUAAUCAUUCUCUAAUAAAAGUGUGAAUUAAUAGUA